GGAUACCUCAUGUGACAAGCCCAGUAUCUUUUUAAAGUCAAUGUAACUAAAGUCCCUCUGCUGCCUUCAAACCUUUGGAGAGGGCUCGCCUUUCGGGCAUUCAUAGUAUGGGAGCACCUGCCGGUUCUAUCAUGAAAUGGCUGGUUUGCGUGCUGCUGGCCUGCUCCUGUGUGGAGGCGCAAGCACACAGAGAUCCCACUCUGGAUCAGCACUGGACUCUUUGGAAGAAAACCUAUGGCAAACAAUACAAGGAAAAGAAUGAAGAAGUAGCAAGGCGUCUUAUCUGGGAAAAGAAUCUAAAAUUUGUGAUGCUUCACAAUCUGGAACACUCAAUGGGAAUGCAUUCAUAUGAUCUAGGCAUGAACCAUCUGGGAGACAUGACCAGUGAAGAAGUGAUAUCUUUGAUGAGUUCCCUGAGAGUUCCCAGCCAAUGGCAGAGAAAUAUCACUUACAAGUCAAACUCUAAUCAGAAAUUGCCUGAUUCUGUGGACUGGAGAGAGAAGGGGUGUGUUACUAAAGUGAAAUACCAGGGUGCUUGUGGUGCUUGUUGGGCUUUCAGUGCUGUGGGGGCCCUGGAAGCACAGCUGAAGCUGAAAACAGGAAAGCUGGUGUCCCUGAGUGCACAGAACCUGGUAGAUUGCUCAACUGAAAAAUACAGGAAUGAAGGCUGCAAUGGUGGCUUCAUGACAGAGGCUUUCCAGUAUAUUAUUGAUAACAAGGGCAUCGAUUCAGAAGCUUCCUAUCCCUACAAAGCUAUGGAUGGAAAGUGCAGGUAUGACUCAAGAAAUCGAGCUGCCACAUGUUCAAAUUAUAUUGAACUUCCCUUUGGCAGCGAAGAUGCCUUGAAGGAAGCUGUGGCCAAUAAAGGACCUGUGUCUGUUGCUAUUGACGCAAAACACUCUUCUUUCUUCCUGUACAGAAGUGGUGUCUACUAUGACCCAUCCUGUACUCAGAAUGUGAAUCAUGGUGUAUUAGUGGUUGGCUAUGGUAACCUUAAUGGGAAAGAUUACUGGCUUGUGAAAAACAGCUGGGGCCUCAACUUUGGUGACCAAGGAUAUAUUCGGAUGGCAAGAAACAGUGGAAAUCACUGUGGGAUUGCUAAUUAUCCCUCUUACCCAGAAAUCUAGAGGAUCUCUUCAUUUUAUAACAGUCCAAAAAAAUGAAACACUUUCUCUUAACUUAAUUUUACCUGCUAUAACCUGUAGAAAUAAGUAUGUUGUGGCCAAUGUAUAUUUACUGUACUAAUAGAAUAUAGGUUGACUCUUCUAUUUUUUUUAGUUUUGCAGAUAUUGGAAAAAUUUUGCUACAUAAAUUAAUAAUGCACUAUAGAUAUACCUGUAUGAGAACUGGUCAACCGAAGAAAUCUGUCAUGCUUGUUUUGUCACUCUUAUUUUACAUGCUUUGUCUUUUUAAGUUCCCUGAUAUCCUUUUGUAAUAUGAUGGCAUAUAAAUGCUUAAUAAAUAUCUCUUUUCAACUUUGUAUCAUUACC